AUGGCAUUUAUGGUCAAAGUCAUAUACCAAGGUGGGAAUGGCAGUCUUGCUUUUACAAAUGAAACCGACAUUCAGGCUUUGCGUGCAAUCAAAUCUAAAAUAAGCUCCGAUCCUCUUAAAUCAUGGAAUGCUUCUCUUCAUUUUUGCAAGUGGCAAGGCGUUACUUGUAGUACACGGCACCAAAGAGUGACUGUUUUAAACCUACGGUCACUCAAAUUAGUGGGAUCAUUGUCUCCUCAUAUUGGUAAUCUUUCAUUUCUUAGAGAGAUUGAUCUUGGAGAUAACUUGUUUAAUGGUAUUAUACCGCAAGAAAUUGGUCGUCUUUAUCGGCUUCGGUUUCUUAAUCUUUCAAGUAAUUCCUUUGAAGGUGAUUUUCCCACUAAUAUUACUCACUGCUCGAAACUCGAAAGGAUCAAUGUGUUGUACAACAAUCUUGCAGGAAAUUUUCCAGCAAUUCUCGGUUCUUUGUCUAAGCUUACUCAAUUGAACCUUUCGAAAAACCGGUUUAGUUCUAGAACUAUACCGCCUUCGUUUGGAAAUCUUUCAAACCUCGAUGAGCUUUCUCUAGGAUAUAACAAUCUUGUAGGAAGCAUUCCUGUUGAGCUUGGAAGUUUGUUGAACCUCGAAUUCUUACAAUUGACAGGUAAUAAUUUGACUGGAAUGAUUCCUGUUUCUCUUUUCAACAUUUCUUCCAUAGAGUUUUUUUCUGUUAGUUACAACUUAUUACAAGGAGAACUUCCUGCUGAUCUGGGUCUGACACUUCCAAAUCUCGAGCAGUUUUACGUUGGAUUGAACAUACUCUCCGGACCCUUUCCAGUAUCUCUGGCUAAUGCUUCGGAACUUAGCUACAUAGGACUAAGCAACAAUGCUUUCACAGGACGAGUGCCCACGAAUUUAGGAAACCUCCAAAAUCUAGAGUACUUAGAAAUUGGGGGCAACUUUCUUUCUGAUGGGAAAAUAGAUGGAAAUGAUGAUUUAGGGUUUCUUAAAUCACUAACCAAUUGUACAAAUCUGAGAGUGCUACGAACGACCCGAAACGGCUUUCGGGGAGCAUUUCCUGAUUCAGUCACAAAUCUAUCCACAAAGCUCACCAUACUAAGACUAGAUGAAAACCAUAUAUCAGGAAAGAUACCUUCAGGUAUUGACAGGCUGAUCAAUUUGGUGUUUUUAGCAUUAAACGGCAACCUUCUGUCAGGAAAUAUUCCAUAUUCUGUCGGAAAGCUUGUCAACUUGCAAAGACUGUACCUUUCCACAAAUACCCUGUCAGGAAAAAUUCCAACUAGUAUUGGAAAUCUUACUUCAUUAAAUGGACUUGUUUUAAGUGACAAUAAGCUACAAGGGAAAAUACCAAUUUCAUUGGCAAACUGCAACUUCCUUCAAGGUUUAAAUCUUUCACACAAUAACCUGACAGGUGCAAUACCUGAACAAGUUAUUGGUCUUUCUUCUCUUUCUCUUCUCGUCGACCUAAAGUCAAAUGGCUUCACCGGUCAUUUACCGGUCCAGACAGGAAACCUAAAAAGUCUUGGUGAAUUAGAUAUUUCAGAGAAUGGAUUGUCUGGAGAAAUUCCAAACACAUUAGGCAAUUGCUUGAUGUUGAAGUAUUUGUAUAUGAGGGAAAACUAUUUUCAGGGAAGUAUUCCUUCAUCAUUCAAGCAGUUGAAAAGUAUUGAAAUCCUUGAUCUUUCUCGCAACAAUUUGUCAGGACAGAUUCCUGAUUUUCUCGGGAACUUUUUGUAUUUUUCUUAUCUCAAUCUCUCAUUCAACAAUCUCGAGGGGGAAGUACCAACUAAAGGUGUGUUCAGGAAUAUCAGUCUAUUUUCAGUUUUAGGAAAUCCUAAGCUGUGUGGAGGAAUUGAAGAGUUGCGUUUAUCACCGUGUCCGAAGGUUAAAUCAGAUAGAAACAGACAAAGCAAAAUCACUAGACUGGUACUUAUCAUUAUCUUUGGCAGUGUCUUUGUUAUUCUAUUAUCAGCCGGUGGUUAUGCUUUCUUUUAUCGACAGAAGCGGCCCAGAGAGGGAUCUCCAUCAGGCUUGACACCAUUGCAUAUGGAAAUUUCUUAUGCAGAACUUUUUAAAGCAACCGAUGGAUUCUCAUUGCCCAACUUACUUGGUGAAGGAAGCUUUGGCUCUGUUUACAAAGGAAUUCUGAACACUGAAGAAGAAAAAGUUGUUGCUGUCAAAGUUUUCAAUCUUCAAGAAAGAGGAGCUAACAGGAGUUUCUUAGCUGAAUGUGAAGCUUUGAAGAACAUUCGCCACCGGAAUCUUGUCAAGAUCAUAUCAUCUUGCUCAAGCAUAGAUUCCAGAGGUCACGAUUUCAAAGCUUUGGUUUAUGAGUUUAUGCCAAAUGGAAGCUUGGAUGGAUGGUUGCAUCCGAGCCCACCGGAUCAGCCUCCACAAUCAAGCAAACUAAACUUGAUUCAGAGACUAAACAUAGCAAUCGACGUGGCUGCUGCGUUGGAUUAUCUUCAUCAUUAUUGCCAUGUACCAGUUAUCCAUUGUGACCUGAAGCCAAGCAACAUCCUUCUCGACAAUGAUCUUACAGCUCAUGUUUGUGAUUUUGGGCUUGCAAAACUGCUUCUAGCUGCAGCUGCUGCUACAAUAUCUUCUGAGUCACAAACAGGUUCAGCUAUAGUAAUUUACUAA